AUGUUUUGUCUCGACCACCGACAGCAGGACCCGACGGUGCAGGGGCUACGGAGCCACAUCGAGAGCGAUGUCGAGUUGCUGGAGCUGUUUGCGCAGGCCUUCAGUGAGAUCCCCGAGGAGUUCCUGGGAGCGUCCAGCCACGCGGGGCCGGCCCAUAUCCGGGAUUACAAGACCUUGAUCGAUGCGAUCGACCAGGUGAUCCGGACGGUGCCCGCAUGGACGUCGGUUGUUGAGAAGCAGUGCGUAAUUGCCUGUCCCAUGAACGAAGUCCUGAUAUGGUUCAUGAACACGCGAACCGGGUCCGAGAUCCUCGCGCGGCAGGACAUUAACGCGCACUUCCACGCCAUCCUCGAGACAUGGGGGCAGUACCUCACCUCCCCGGCGUCCGCGCAGGCAAUCCACCCCGGGAAGGGGGGGUGGGUGUCCGCCGGUGCCCUCUCGGAGCUCCUCGAGGUCGUGGCCAACGCGCACAACACGACCUUCCGGCCCACCCGCUUCGAGCAAGCCUUCCUCUGCGACCCCGCCCUCCCCAACUACGGCUUCCGCUCCUGGGACGACUUCUUCACGCGACGCUUCCGGCCCGGAGUGCGCCCCGUCGCCAGCCCGGCCGACGACCGCGUCCUCACCAACCCCUGCGAAUCGCAGCCCCACGCCCUCGUGCACCAGGUCCCGGCCACCGCCCCCUUCUCGCUCAAGGGCACCGUCUACGCGCUGCAGGAGAUGCUCGGCGACACCCCGGAGACCCAGCGCCAGACGGCGCGCCUCUUCGCCGGCGGCACCGUCUUUCAGGCCUGGCUCUCUGCCUUCAGCUACCACCGCUGGCACGCCCCCUGCACCGGCACCGUCGUCAGCGUCCGCCAGCUCCGCGGCACGUACUUCGCCGCCGAUCCAGCCCGGGGGUUCGAGCACCGCGAUCCCGCCACGGGGCGGUCUUGUCCCGACCGCCAGGCGCCCGACCUCUCGUUGACGAUGAUCUCCUCGAUGGCGACCCGGACGGCGGUGCUGCUGCAGGCGGACAACCCCGCGCUGGGGACGGUGGGGUUCUUGGCGAUUGGGAUGGCGGAUGUGUCGAGCUGCGUGGCGACGGUGCGGGAAGGGGAGCGGGUGGUCAAGGGUCAGGAGAUUGGCAGUUUUCAUUACGGGGGGAGCUCGUUUUGCUUGCUGUUUGAGCCAGGGGUGAAGUUGCGGUUCGAGGCGUUUGUGGGGGAGGCGCUGGAUCAGGCCCCGGGGUAUGAGGGGAGGUGUGUGGCGGUCAAUAGUCGGUUGGCUGAGGUAUGA